UGUUGUUAAAACUACUGAGGGAGCACUACCAUUUGACUGAAGCAACUCCUUGUGCAUUUCAGAUGAACACAGAGACGGAGGAUGACUUUUAUCAAUCUGAGGACGACUUGGAUGAAGAUGAGGCAACCCAAUAUAUAAUUGAACAAAGUCUGAUUGAAUAUAGAAAACUCAAAGGAUUGAAUCCAAGUGACCUGAAACCCAGUGAAGAUCCUGAUGAGAUUUUCAAAGCAAUCAAGGAGGGUGAUGAGGAUGCACUGAACAGACUGGCAGUGCAACCAGAGACUCUGUCAAGAGUUGAUGAACGAGGUUGGAUCCCCCUGCACGAGGCUGCAGUGCAUCAGGAUAAAAGGAUGCUUGAGAUUAUAUUCUCCGCAUCAUCCCCCGGUGCAGUCCACUGUCGCACUCUCAAGGGUGAGACGCCACUGUUUCUAGCUGUGGUCCAUGGACUCAGAGAGAACGCUACAUUCCUGUUACAGAACGGUUGUAGCCCGGAUCUCCAGAAUGAUGAGCAGGAUUCUCCAUUAGUCGCAGCUAUCUUGAAUGACCAGUAUGACCUGGCCACACUCCUGCUUCGCUACAAUGCCAAAGUAGACCACACAGGACAAAUGAACAGGACAGCUCUUCAUGAGUGUGCCUUUUUAGGCUUGGAGAACUUUGUCUAUCUGCUCCUGGAGUCUGGUGCCAACCCAAAUGCAUGCGACAUCAAAAAGAAAACUCCACUGGCUCUGGCUGCACAGAAUGGACAUUUGAAUGUGGUGGAGGUCCUAUUACACAAAGGAGCCCAUGUGUGGUGUGAAUCAGACUCAGGCACUAUUUUGUUUGAAGCAGCAGCAUCAGGAAACCCUGAUGUAAUCUCCUUACUUCUGGACAAUGGAGCAGAUCCGAACACACCUCUUUACAGUGGGCACCUGCCAAUUCACCGUGUGGCAUACCACGGACACAGACUGGCACUGGAGCACCUCAUCCCAGUGACCAAACUGGACGCUGUAAAGGAAAGUGGCAUGAGUCCUCUCCAUUCUGCGGCUGCUGGGGGACAUGCCCAUUGUGUGGAGAUCCUGCUCAAAGCUGGCUACGAUCCAAACUUCAUGCUUCACCCAAGGGUGCGCCGCAGCUAUGAUGAUGAGCGCAGGUCUGCCCUAUUUUUUGCUGUGUCCAACAAUGAUCUUCAGUGCACCCGCUUGCUUUUAGAAGCUGGGGCAAUGGUGAACCAGGAUCCUAUCACCUGUUUGCAGGUGGCUCUUAGACAGGGCAACUAUGAACUGAUCAACACAUUGCUGAAGUUUGGGGCAAAUGUAAACUACUACUCCCGUGUCAACACCACUCACUUCCCAUCAGCACUGCAGUAUGCCUUGAAAGAUGAGGUGAUGCUGAGAAUGAUUCUGAACCAUGGAUAUGAUGUUAAGCGUUGCUUUGACUGUCCGUAUGGCGACAGUUCCCAUGGUCCUUGGACGACCUCAGUCAUCAAAGACAUGGUGUUCUGUGAGGUGAUAACCGUGUCCUGGCUUAAGCACUUAUCUGCUCAGGUGGUGCGCAUCAUGCUCGACUACACCGACCAUGUCUCCUUCUGCACUAAACUUAAGGAAACUUUGGAGGAGCAGAAACAGUGGCCAGAGAUCUGUCAUAUUCAAAGAAAUGUACGGAGUUUGAAGCACCUCUGUCGGUUGCAGAUUAGGCAGCAUCUCAGUCGUCUGCGCUUGAGAUCCCCAGCCUUCAUCAACUUCCUUCCUCUUCCUCCCAGGCUGAAAGAUUACAUACGCUACAAGGAGUUUGAUGUUUACAGCAGGGGCAGCAUGGUUAACCCCAUGUGAAAACACAUUUACAGAUGUCACAGAUAGAGGGACAAAGACAGUCACUCAUUUGCAUUGUUAUUGUAUGUUUAUGUACAUGUACAUGUUUUAUGUAGCCUACUUUGAGCCUUGACUUAUUUAUUGUUAUUUGUAUAAACCUGUAUGUACUUUAGGGUUCUAUCAAUAGCUGCAGUGAUAUGUCAGUCUUGUGUAAAGAUUUACUCUGUUAUAGUGGCUCCUCUGG